GCGAGGCACUGCAGACAGAGCAAACAAGGUCAGAGUGACUUCUCAGUGAGGAGGGGAUUCAACUUAGACUUCUUUCAUUUUGGAGUUUUGGACCUGAAUGUUAUCUUUCUUAUUGAACUAUUUAAGUUUUGGACUGUUUGUUGAUCAGGAUGCUGAGACCUGCCACUUUACCACAGAUCAUUUCCACCUUGUUUGUGAUGGCAAGUGCUGCAGAGAAGGCAGAGGUGCAGUGCCCAGCCGAGUGCUCCUGCAGCCUCUCACCCCCGCCGUGCCCACCCGGCGUCAGCUGGGUGACUGACCACUGUGGCUGCUGUAAAAUUUGUGCUCGGCAGUUCAAUGAGGACUGCAGUGCCACAGAACCCUGUGAUCACAUCAAGGGGCUGCGCUGCCACCUGGGGGCCGGCGGGGACCCCGAGAGAGGACUGUGCCGAGCUGAAGCCCACGGUUUGCCCUGCUCCUUCAAUGGGCUCGUCUACCAGCACGGUGAGAACUUCCAGCCCAUCUGCCAGCACCAGUGCACCUGCAUGAACGGCGUGGUGGGCUGCAUGCCCCUCUGUCCUUACCAACUGACUGUGCCCCAGUGGCGCUGCUCACGCCCCCGGCUGACCAGGGUCAAAGGUGGCUGCUGCGAGAAGUGGGUUUGUGAUGACGAUAACCACAUCAGCGAGAAAUCGCAGGAGGUGACGCCUACGUCCCUACCAGACAGUCAGCCCCAUCCCAACCACAUCAGGGCCCUGCUGCAGCCUUGGCACCUGGUCACUAGUGGAGGGGAACCACUCGGAGAGAUGGGGUUCUUCCCCACAUCUGAGGGGUCACUCCAGCCACGUUGUAUCCCACAGACCAGUGAGUGGACCCAGUGCUCCACUACCUGUGGGAUGGGCUUUUCAAGCAGAGUGACCAAUGAGAACCCAGACUGUCAGCUGGUCAGGGAAAACAGACUGUGCAAGAUCCAGCACUGCGGAGCUCAGCUUCUUGCACCUAGAAAGGGAAAGAAGUGUCAGAGAACGAUGCGUCCACAGGAACCAGUCAGAAUCAUCUUUGCUGGAUGCUCGACAGCCCGGCGGUAUCGUCCUCGGACCUGUGGGCUUUGCACCGACAGCCGCUGCUGCACCCCCUCCCUCAGCCGCACCGUGCGGCUUCGCUUCAGCUGCCCUGAUGGAGACAAGUUUUACAACAUCAUGUGGAUCCAGCACUGCAACUGCAAGAGGAGCUGCCACACCGACCACAGGCUUUCUGACUUCUCGCUCAGCCUUUACAACGACAUCCACACCUUCCGAGACUGAAGCUGCCACACUGGGCAAAGACCCCCACCUCCCAACACACACACACACACACACACACACACACACACACACACACACACACACACACACACACACACACACACACACACACACACACACACAUCCAGCACCUCCUCCUUUCAAAGCUGCAGCCCUGUCUGCCAGUUGGGUGAAAGAGCAAAACUCUUGCUUGCACUUUAAGCUUCCCGCCGUGAUGAUGUCAGUUUGUCCACACGAGGCAGCACCGAGGACAACACACUGCAGUGUGUGUGUACUGUCACACUGUUGGCAGAAACUUCUUCUGUUUAUUUGUAACUUAGUGUUCAGGACAGUUUGUUCAAGAUAAAAAAAAGAUUACAAACAUGCGUCUUCUUGGAUUGUAUAAUAUGAGAAAUAAUAGUGGACAUCACAAGUAUUUAUUAGAAGUGAUAGAGACCAUGUGUUUAUUAUGGUCUGUCUUAAUGUGUCCUAAUGUGUUUUUUUAAAACAUUUUCAUACAGGUAGUCCCAUUGAGACACAGCAUCUCAUUAUCAAGAGAGACCUGUUUUGAACAGAAGAAAAAAAUAUUUAGUUACAUUCAGUUGUAACAUCACAGUAUUUAUAUAAAGGUAAUAAGCAGGUUAGAUACAAAAAAACACUAAAAACAUGAGCUGGACAAAGCUUUUUCCAUUUCCCUCAGAAUAACUUUAGAUCCUGUUACAUGCUGUCCAGGUUGAAGGAAGAGUUAAAACAUCCCCUUUGUGCCAAACUCAGCAGGAACUAAGGAAAAUGCUAAAAGUAAUAAAAUCCUGUGACCCUUUCUGUCUGAGGAGCAUGGAGGGAAAUAAUUCAUACCUAUAAAGUACACAUACAAUAAAAUACAUAAAUACAGCAUUGAAUAAUUAAUGAAACUUGUAAUUGAUUUAUUAAAAUAGGAAAUAGACACUUUAAAGAAAUGAAUCAAUGUAUCAACUACUACUUACUGUAAAUGUGUCAUUAAUGAAUUAAUAUUGGAAAUAAAUACAUAUACAUCAUGAACUACUACGAUAGCAAUAUGUGUGCCUCAUAAUUAAUUUAAACUGUGAUGGUGGCUCGUUACAUAACGUGACAUCUGAUUGGUUUCAAUGUUUCAAGUCAUUAUCUUAAGUAAAUGAUCUCUGUAGAGAAAGUCAAAAUACUCAGACACAGUAGGUGGUAGUAUUAUAUACAUGUUUGAUGGCUAUACCGAUUUGUUACACUGAUUAAAAAAAAUAAAAACAGAAGAAAACCAUUUCAUCAUUAGCUUUAAUUUUAGACCAAAGUAAUCAAAGCCAUGAACGUUAAAUGUUAGCCCCACCCAGUUUUUAUAAUUAGAUAUUUAUAUAAUAAUUUAUUAAUCUAUUUAUUUCCAAUAUUAAUACAUUAAUAAUAUAUUUAAUACAUUAUUUAAUGCUGUACUUAUGUAUUUGAUUGCAGUACUUUUCUCCCUCCAUAUGUGGGGGCAUAAACAUGAUGGCAACAGCCCAAGGUAGUUUUAUAAAUGAACUGUAGAAGUCUGUGGAGACAGUGAUGGCCAGUAGACCAGUGCAAUGUGCAACGAUGAAUGAGUCUUUUAUGAAUCAUAGUGCUCCAUAAAAAGUGCCCUGCAUCAGUAGUGAGCUGCUGGUGGAGGCAUGCAUGUAGAUCAGUGGUUCCCAACCUGUUUCCCUUAAUGACCCCCCUCAUGCAACGAUCAAAAAGCUAAAUUACGGAAUAAUGAGGAGAGUGGGUCCAAAAACUGAGCCUUGAAGCACAUUUUAAAGCUCUGCUGCUUGCAUUGCUUACAACCUGAGAGCUCGUUUACACAGCAGCCUACAGGGUGGUCUAAAAGGCUGGUGUCUGCAGGUUUCUGACAUAAGAUUUAGUGGUCCACUGUGUUGAUUGCUUUAGAGCAGGGGUGUCCAGCUCCGGUCCUCGAGGGCCACAAUCCUGAAGGUUUUUGAUGUUUCAAACACACCUGACUCAAAUUAAUGAGUCAUUGUGCAGAACUUCAUAGGAUGCUGGAUCCCUUUACUAAGAGCAGGGAAACACUGAAGACCUGCAGGACACUGGCCCUCAAGGACCAGGAUUGAGGAUCCCUGCUUUAGAGAGAACCAUGAAAGUGUAGCACUGUGAUCUUUGGCAUCAAGAGCUUCCACAACUUAGUUUAGAACUGAUAAACAGGUUAACUGGAGCUUUAUGUGUCUGUUUGUGAGGAUGAAACUGCUCCUUAUGCUACAACAGUAAAUAUGGAUGAACUCAUACAGUGUAAAUAGACUUCACUCUUACUUGUGGAGUGGUACACUUUAGGAUCACUCCAUUUUUCGGGGUGUGAUGUUUUUUCUUUUGUUUUUGUUUUAAUGUGAGUCUUUCACAGUGCAGAGAGUACUUCAUUUUGAGGGAUGAUAUGAUUAUGUAUUUCAGGUAUAGUACACGUGGUCUUUGGAUGUUAUUUUUUAGGCAAACUUUCAUGCAUUAAAUAAAAAACACAUCAACCUGU